CGUGGCGCCGGCGGGCCAUGGCCCUCCUGCUGUUCCUGAGUAUGACCGCGGCGCUGGCCCGCGGCUGCCUGCACUGCAACGGCAAUUUCUCAGAGAAGUUCUCCUUCUACCGCCACCACGUAAAUCUUAAGUCCUGGUGGGUGGGUGACAUCCCCGUGUCUGGGGCGCUGCUCACCGACUGGAGUCUGGACACGAUGAAGGAACUGCACUUGGCCAUUCCCGCGGAGAUCACCCGGGAGAAGCUGGACCAAGUGGCGCGAAUAGUGUAUCAUAGGAUGGACCAGCUGUACCAAGGGAAGAUGUACUUCCCGGGGUAUUUUCCCAAUGAACUGCGAGCCAUCUUCCGGGAGCAAGUGCAUCUCAUCCAAAAUGCCAUCAUCGAAAGUCGCAUUGAUUGUCAGCAUCACUGCGGCAUCUUCCAGUACGAGACCAUCUCCUGCAACAAUUGCACGGACUCACACGUCAUCUGCUUUGGCUACAACUGCGAGUCAUCGGAGCAGUGGGAGUCAGCUGUUCGAGGCCUUCUGAGUUACUUACAUAAUUGGCACAAACAGGACACCAGCAUGAGCCUGACAUCAUCAAGCUUCACCUGUUUGGAGUUGGCCAACCUAACACUGGAAAAUGUUACUGAGUGCCUGACCCAGCACUGACAGUGGUUGCUUUGCCCCAGGCCACAAUGGAGCCAGGACUCAGCUGGACUGUCCUGGACUGUUCCUCUGGAGUAGGCUUGCUGCUGCCUCGGGUUUCCCUCUCCAUCCCUCAGGUUUCCCCCUCCAUCCCUUGG